AUGAUAUAUGUCAGAACCCCAAUUUUCUAUACCUCUCUUCUCAUUGUAUUCGUGAUUUUUUCAAUUAAAGAGUUAACGACAACUAAGAAAUUAACAAAUUACACAAAAUGGAACAAUUGCAUUCAAGAUGGAAUCGGGUUGUGGAAGAAUUCAACUGAUUUUUCGUAUCACAUUUCGAACCUAACUGAAUCCUGUAAAGUUCAUCUGAAUUUGAACAUCGUCGAGUUGAAUAAUUCCAAAUUUCAUGCUUUUCCGGUGCUCGAGAGCUCUACAAUGCCCGUUCAUCUCACAGUAGGAGUUUCAGAAAAUAUUGAAGGGGAAGCAGAGCUCAAAACGAAAGCACCGGAAACAUUGAUUUUCGGAACGUCACCUAGACCAGGGAUCGAGAAAGAAUUAUUUCGGAAAAUCGGAGCUCAAUAUCCAGUGGCAAUCGGAAUGGAUUCUGGUAUCGUUAACAUGACCAUCGAAUUAUUUCAAAAUUCCACAGAGAAUUACAAUGAGACAUCGAUUGAGAACGCAUCCGAAUCAUUGAUUCAGCUUGAUAUAAUAUACUUUCUGAAAAGUGUUCUGAAACGAAAUUUCUACAGUAGCAUCUGGUUCAAUACAUCCUUCAAUGAUCUUCCGAAUCUGUUGUUAUCGAACGGAGCGUUUGAGAAAAAUGGAAUAACAGUGUGUCAAAUCAACUUUCAAAAAUCAAAUGUUGAUUUUGAUUUUCAGAUAGACGAAAUGGAAACAGCAAAACACAUUUUGAUGGAUACGGUAUACGACAAAAGAUAUGCUGUAUUAAUCGAUCAGACCGGAGACCAUAUCAAUAUGUUUUUUGUGAACUUCGAUAAUAUUAAGUGCAAACGGGAACUUGGUAUUGAUACAGAUCAGUUAUCCUAA